UAUUCCUAUUAAUUAUUAUCAACUUAAACUUUAAUUAGCUCUGAUCAUUGUUGUAAACCCCAAAACCCAUUCACUCACACUCAACUCACUCACUCACUCAACCCCAAUACCACCUUCAAAACAAUAAUCCAAUCAAACCCUAUAUAUAAAUAACAUGCCUGUCGUACGAAGAGGACGUACUCAUCUCAAUCUCCACCUUCCCUCAACGAAACUCUCCCAUGUUCGGCCACCUCGCAUCUCUCUCCCACUACCUCCCACUUCCAGUACUGCUGCCCCCACCCAAUUCAACUGGUCAUCUUCCUCCGCGCCUAUCUCAGCCGCCGAUCUCGACAAGAUUCAAGUUCUCGGAAGCGGCAAUGGCGGAACAGUCUACAAAGUCCGCCACAAGGAAACCUCAGAAAUCUACGCUUUGAAAAUACUCCACGACAAUUCCGAUUCAAAUUUCCGCUGCCAGCUCAACAGCGAGAUGGAGAUCCUCCGCCGUACGGACUCACCUCACGUGGUCAAAUGCCACAGCAUCUUCCAAAAUUCAUCGGGAGAGUUUGGUAUAGUCAUGGAGUAUAUGGAUUCAGGUUCCUUAGAGAAUGUUCUCAAAUCCGAAGGAGCUUUCUCUGAAUCUAAAGUUGCUGACAUAGCAAAGAAAGUCCUCAACGGUCUUCACUACCUUCACUCCCACAAAAUUAUUCAUCGUGAUAUCAAACCAGCCAAUCUCUUAGUGAAUUCCAAAAUGGAAGUUAAGAUCGCCGAUUUCGGGGUAAGCAAAAUCCUCGGCCCUACUUUGGAUACUUGCAAUUCCUAUAUUGGAACGUGCGCUUACAUGAGUCCGGAGAGGUUGGAUUCGCUGACUUAUGGCCAAAAUUACAACGGUUACGCUGGAGAUAUUUGGAGUUUGGGUCUCACCCUAAUGGAGCUUUAUAUGGGUCAUUUUCCUCUAUUUCUGCCAGGUCAGACACCUGAUUGGCCUACUUUGAUGUGCGUUGUAUGUUUCAGUGAGCUGCCGAGUUUCCCAGAAGGCGUUUCGGAUGAGUUUAGGAGCUUCCUUCACUGUUGUUUGCAGAAGGAAUCAAGUAAAAGAUGGUCUGUGUCGAAGUUGUUGUCUCACCCGUUUAUCUGUAAAGAUUCUACAAUCGAAGAACCAGCAAGGCAAGAAAUCGAGGGAAAAACAGGGAGAGUUGUUUUGGAAUGCUGCAAGAAGAUCAAGUUCAUGUUGACUAAGUUGCUCUGGUUUUUUGAGUGUUGUAGAGUCAAUUAUGACUGGGAUUCUAGGUUCGAUUUGGAAAGAUUCGAUGGUACGGGUGAUUUCAGUUUGUGGAAAGAAAAGAUGUUGGCCAUAUUUACCUACCAGAAGCUAGAUUCAGCAUUAGAUGAAGAUCUUGGUGCUGAUGAUGUCAAGAAGAAGGACAUGGAUGAAUCAAAGAAGAAGGAAUCGGAUACUGUUAUGAAGCAAGCUAGAUCCGCCAUUGUCAUGAACCUUGCAGACAAUGUACUUAGGCAGGUGAUUAGUGAGAAGUUAGCUCUUGGAAUUUAG